AUGAGUACUUCUCGACGUGCUGCUGUAGCUUGCGAUUUCUGCCGCUCCCGGUUCAGCGUUCGAAAACAUCAUGUAACGCAAGAUGAGCGCCUGGCCUCGAUUCAGGACUUGGUAAGAGAGCAGAGGGAUCUGCUCGCAGCAAUUCAGCAGAGAUCAAGUCAGGCGUCAUUCAACCCUCUACCUUCAGGGCCAGAUUGCUCCCAGGUAGCUGCUCCGUAUAGACCGAUCAACACCUGCGGACCAGAAUCCCCAGUCUCGCCUUCUCAGAUUUCUUUUCGGGACGAAGAUACUGGUCAAUCUGUCCGAACCUUGGAAGCUGAUGCAGAACCGCCACCGUGGACAAUCCCACUUGGACAUCAUACGAGCACCAGCAGUUUACUCGAAGUGACUGAACUUCAGAAGCUACUGGGUGAAUAUCCUCCUGAAUUCUUCUACCGGAUUGAGUCUGGCAGGUCCGGAGGUAGUAUGUUUGGCCAAUUCAGGAUGGAUAUCUCUACGAUGCCCGACAUUGACAAUACAUCCAUGAAACGCCUGGUGAACCAAUUCCUUGACACUGUGCAUUCUAAUUAUCCUAUCUUCGAUGUCGAAGCUUUUGAGCAGUUCUCCGACCAGAGAAUAGCUACCGGUCUCCAAUUUGACAUCGACUCAGCUAUAAUUCUGGUAUCUAUGGCACUGGGGGAUUUGCGAGCUAGGAAGCCAGAACCAAGCAGUGCUAUCCACGGCCAUGACUUCGGCUUCCAGUGUUUUCAGAUUGCUGUCGGUGUAUUCAUGUCGGCUUGGGUUUCAUCACACGCGCACAACCUGUCCCUCUGUCAGGGUCUUGUCCUAUGCGCAAUCUACUUAGCGACCUCGGUUCGACCGCUGGAGGCUUGGAAGCUGAUUCAUAUGGCGUCGACCACCGUCCAACAAAUACGGCUCAAGUCUGUCAUCAGCUGCCUAUUAACAUUAAAAAACGCUAACAAUAUCCAGCUCGGAAACGGACGGUCCAGAAAACCCGCAAAGGGAAGAAGUAACUCGCAUCAGUUGGGCAUGCUUCUUAAUAGAAUGGUACAACAUGUUGCUACCUUCCUGUGGAGACUCGCCAACUUCAGCAAAUCUGUUCUUUCUGGCAGAGCUGUCAGUUCGGUCACUUUUGAAUCGCAUCUUCCACUUUAUCUAUUCCAGGAGAGACUGCAUAUCUUCCACGACGAACAAGCUCGCUUCUUCCCGGGCAAUCGAGCCUGA